CCAUGACCCUGCGAAGACUUCGGCGCCUCCGGCCCGGAGCCCCGGCGCAAGAAACGGCGGCGAGCGUGGCCGGGCCGGAACCUCCCGGCGGGGGUCGAGCGUCGGAGCUGGAAAAAGCGCUGGCGGCCUCGGGGGGCACCUUGCCCCGAGCCAGGAAGGGCUCUGCAUUCAAGUGGCACUCUCUGAGCCAGUCACCUGAGCAGCACAGGAAGGUGAUCACACUGGAGAAAGAAGAGGGCCAAACGUAUGGGUUUGAGAUUCAGACUUAUGGGCUACACCAUCAGGACACAAAACGUGUGGAGAUGUUCACUUUUGUUUGCCGGGUUCACGAAAACAGCCCAGCUCAAACAGCAGGCCUUAAACCUGGAGACACAAUCACAGGGGUGAAUGGGCUUAACGUAGAAGGCAUCCGGCACCGUGAGAUUGUGGAGAUCAUCAAAGCAUCUGGAAACGUGCUCAGGUUAGAUACCUUGUACGGUGCAUCAAUCCGAAGGGCUGAAUUGGAGGCUCGCUUGCAGUAUCUCAAGCAAACGCUCUAUGAAAAAUGGGGAGAAUAUCGGUCAUUGAUGGUCCAGGAGCAGCGCUUGGUCCAUGGGAUUGUGGUUAAAGACCCCAGCAUCUAUGAUACGUUGGAGUCUGUGCGCUCCUGCCUGUAUGGCUCUACACCCUACGGGAUGCUGUUGAGAGGAGCUGGGAGUACUUACAGCAGCGUGGGCUGUGUCAGCACUGCCACUGAUGAGACCGAGGAAUCUCUUUACCAGACUUGCUUCUUUGACUCUGCCGACUCCCUGGACAUUGUCCCCGCAGCAGCCCAGUCUUCACGCCCCAAGACGACAUUAACCCGCAGCAUCAGCGUCAAAUGCACCACAACCACCACCACCAACGGAGAGGCCUGUUUCUGGGACAAAUGCAGAGAGCCAAAGAACUCUGCGGUCACGUCAAGGCCCCCCAAAAGCAAACAGGGAAGCUUCCGCAAGAGAUUCCUCAAGUUUAUUCCUGGGUUGAACCGUUCUUUGGAGGAAGAGGAGAGCCAGUUGUAAAAGGACACUCUUAUUGGGCAAAGCAAAGCACAGUUCAGCUGUGAGGCCGGCUGCCCCUGCUUGCUCUGGUCUCUAUUUAUUUAUUUAUUUGAUUGACAGGGGACUGGGCUUCUGAACGCCAGCAGAUCAGCUCUUUGGAAAUGCAGGUUGCAAUCCACGCUGGACUUUUGGAAGAGUAAUUCAUCAACCUGGGUGGGAGGGGGUGUGUGUGACAGUGGGUCUUCAACGUCCUAGGAAGAAACGGGUGGUGGGGAGAAAAAAAGACCUCAAAAGAAAAAAAAUCAUAGCACAUUGUGAGGCCAAAGAAGUACACGUGAUUUUGUAUACUUCAUUCAUGCGAGGGUGGUUUUGGUUUGGGGUGUUUUUCAGGAAUUGGCAUAAAGCAGUCUCUUUGAGUUAUCGGGUGGUUCUUUGUCAUUGUGGGCCAUAGGGUGACUUUUAGAAAUGGAAACAGAACAUUAUUAUUGGUUUAACUAGCAGGGAUAAUUU